GGAGUGUUGGAGGCGCCGGAGCCGAGCACCGCCGGGCGGGCGGGGAGGAGGAGGAGCCGGGGCGGGCUGGCGGGCGGCCGGGUGGCGGCGGCGGCGGCGGCGGCGGCGGCGGCAUGGCGGAGCCGAGCGGGGCCGAGACGAGGCCCCCGAUUCGGGUCACAGUCAAGACCCCUAAGGACAAGGAGGAAAUUGUGAUCUGCGAUCGAGCCUCGGUCAAGGAGUUCAAAGAGGAAAUCUCCCGGAGAUUUAAGGCUCAGCAGGAUCAGCUGGUCCUGAUCUUCGCGGGCAAGAUCCUCAAGGAUGGGGACACAUUGAACCAGCAUGGGAUCAAGGAUGGGCUCACUGUCCAUCUGGUCAUCAAGACCCCUCAGAAGGCUCAAGAUCAGACCACUGCCACUGCUUCUUCCCCUUCCACUCCAGACCCAGCCUCAGCACCCUCCACCACGCCUGCUUCACCCGCCACCCCUGCCCAGCCCUCCACCUCUGGCAGUGCCGCUUCGGAUACUGGCAGUGGAAGCCGAAGGAGCAGUGGAGGAGGUCCCUCCCCAGGGACUGGGGAGGGACCUCCCAGUGCCACUGCAUCCAUACUCUCUGGCUUUGGGGGCAUCCUGGGCCUGGGCAGCCUGGGCCUGGGCUCCGCCAACUUCAUGGAACUGCAGCAGCAGAUGCAGAGGCAGCUGAUGUCCAAUCCUGAGAUGCUGUCGCAGAUCAUGGAGAACCCCCUGGUCCAGGACAUGAUGUCUAACCCUGACCUGAUGCGCCACAUGAUCAUGGCCAACCCUCAGAUGCAGCAGCUGAUGGAGCGAAACCCUGAGAUCAGCCACAUGCUCAACAACCCUGAGCUCAUGAGGCAGACGAUGGAGCUUGCUCGGAAUCCAGCCAUGAUGCAGGAGAUGAUGCGGAACCAGGACCGGGCCCUGAGCAACCUGGAGAGCAUCCCCGGAGGGUAUAAUGCCCUCCGCCGCAUGUACACGGACAUCCAGGAGCCCAUGUUUAGUGCCGCCCGGGAACAGUUUGGCAACAAUCCCUUCUCUUCCCUGGCCGGGAACUCCGACAGCUCAUCCUCCCAGCCUCUGCGGACUGAGAAUCGAGAGCCCCUCCCUAACCCCUGGAGCCCCUCGCCCCCCACCUCCCAGGCCCCCGGGUCCGGUGGGGAGGGCACCGGAGGAUCGGGGACCAGCCAGGUGCACCCGACAGUCUCGAACCCCUUUGGGAUCAAUGCGGCUAGCCUGGGGUCAGGGAUGUUCAACAGCCCAGAAAUGCAGGCCCUCCUCCAGCAGAUCUCUGAGAACCCCCAGCUGAUGCAGAACGUGAUAUCGGCCCCCUACAUGCGCAGCAUGAUGCAGACACUUGCCCAGAACCCUGACUUUGCUGCUCAGAUGAUGGUGAAUGUGCCGCUCUUCGCGGGGAACCCCCAGCUGCAGGAGCAGCUCCGCCUGCAGCUCCCGGUCUUCCUGCAGCAGAUGCAGAACCCAGAGUCGCUCUCCAUUCUCACCAAUCCCCGCGCCAUGCAGGCGCUGCUGCAGAUCCAGCAGGGACUGCAGACCUUGCAGACCGAGGCCCCCGGGCUGGUACCCAGCCUUGGCUCCUUUGGGAUGUCCCGGACCCCAGCACCCUCGGCAGGCAGCAGUGCCGGGUCUGCACCCGAGGCUCCCACCUCCUCGCCAGCCGCGCCAGCCACAUCGUCUCCAACAGGGGCCUCCAGUGCUCAGCAGCAGCUUAUGCAGCAGAUGAUCCAGCUUUUGGCUGGAAGUGGAAACUCACAGGUGCAGACGCCAGAAGUGAGAUUUCAGCAGCAGCUGGAGCAGCUCAACUCCAUGGGCUUCAUCAAUCGUGAAGCCAACCUGCAGGCCCUGAUCGCCACAGGAGGGGACAUCAACGCAGCUAUCGAAAGACUCCUGGGCUCUCAGCUCUCCUAAUGCCUCGGCUCAGACCUCCUGCCUCUCGCGUCCCUCCAUGCCAGUGUUUGGUUCCUCUGUCAGUCCCGACCCUCUGCAGCUUGUCAUUCCUUCUGUCUUCUCCUUUGUCCUCUCCAGAGAGCAGGGCGACUGUGGAGGUGGGGGCCCCAGCCCCGUAGCUCUGAGAAUUCCACUUGUACUUCUCCCCCUCUUGCUGAAUCUUCCCUCCUGGUCCUGCUUGAGCAGAGCUAUUGAAACAGUUUUCGCAGUUUGGUUGAUUGGCCCCACCUCCUUGCCCCACAACCACCUUUUAUAGUCUUCAAACUUCUCUGUGGCCAUGCAGAGUUGAAGGAGGAACCGACUCUCUGGUUUAUUGGAACAGGGUCUUCCGUCUGUACCACUAGGGUUUUGUCUUAUGUUUACUUCUGGUAACUCUUCUUUCUUUUCCACCCCCAUCCCCCCCAUCCCUUUCCAUCUCCAGCCUAACCAAUGCUAGACUUUCCUACUCGAAAUGAGGGGCGGGUGAGACAGGCUGUGAUUUUCCUCCUCACCCCUGUUCUGGUCCCUUCAUCCGGCGCUUUUGUAUGGGGGUCUGUUAGGACUUCCAGGUGGAAGAAGAUGCCUUUUCUCCCUGUCUGAAGGGAGAGAUGAGACUCAACCCUCUGGGGAAGAAAUUAACAAGCUCUGGACCAGCCCUAUGGAGAAUGGCACAGGGGAGAGGGGAGCGGGAUUUUUCUGGAGAAGAGAAUGGAGGAAACAGCCUCAGUAAAAGGCUUGGAGGUUGGAACUGACAGGGAAUGGAAGCACUAAUCGUUCUUUGAGGCCGGAGAGUCCAGGCUCAGGCCUGGCAAAGGCGACUGAGAGAUGCCAAUGGAAUUUGAGUUGAAGAAAAGGGCUCAAUGGCGCUGAGCAGUGUGGCUCACAGGGGGCUAUAUGGGUUCUGUUUCCUCAGUUACACACGCUUAUAUAUAGACAUACACAUUUCCAUGAACACAGGACCUGCCUGUGUCUCCAGGUACCGUGAUUUAAGACUCUUUCAAAAGACAUGAAAGUGAUUGGGGUCUGUCUCAGCAGUGUGUGUGUGGGUGGGUGGGUGCAUGAAUGCAUGCACGCACAUGGGUGCAUGUGAGCUGAGUGGGAGGGUGGAUUCCUUGCUGACUUCUGGUUCAGCCUUCUCCCCCACCAGAGAGAAGUAGGCAAAAGGGCCAAUCUAGGUCUGGAAUAAAGAACAGCCUGGGGAGCUAGGUCCCCCAGGGGCUCUGGCUGCUGGGUAGCUCAAGGGUAGUGUGGGUCCCCCUUCUGAAGCUGUCAGGGCUGUGACCAGUGCCCUUAUUGCCCGUCCCCUACUUGCUUUCGGGGAAUAGUAGAGGGUCUUUUCCUCGAGGACCCCUGCCUCUGGCAUCGUAGCCCCUGCCCUUUGAGUUCUUCACUAUUUCCCUCCAGGCCAGAAAGUUCUAUUUGAGGAAGGAGAGGAGAGGACAACGAUGAUGCCUUUGAUCUGGAGUUGGACAUGGCUCUAUUGGAGCACAGAGGAGGCUCACAUCACCUCCUUCCUCUGCUACUUAACCCAGCUGCUUCGAGGACCCAAUGCUCAGAAUAUGGAGGCAAGAGGAACAGAAAUUUCUCCAAGUGGGAAGGGGCCCCAACAAUCCAGAGAGGACGUCUGUGUGGCUUUCCCUCCCUCCCUUCCCCCCAACUCCCACACUGGCCUUUGUAAAUAAAUGGUGUGGUCUUUGUUGUGA